AUGGACAUGCUGAUGAUUCCCUGUCUCCUUCUGCUCGUAAGUUUUCAUCCCUCUGCAGCCACGAGCCUCAUCACAGCAGACUUAUUUGAAGCUAGAGGCCAGCGUGUAUGCAAGGCAGGAAAAGGGAAGCCGUGCUACAAGCUGGCUUAUUUCUCGGAGCUGCGUCGGAAGCUGAACUUCGCGGAGGCCGAGCUGGCCUGCAGGCGGGACGGGGGUCAGCUGCUGAGCAUCAGGUCUGCAGCUGAGCAGAAGCUCAUUGAGCAGCUCAUCACCGAGCUCCGCCCCACAGACGGGGACUUCUGGAUCGGGCUCCGGAGGAACCACAGGGAGGAGGACAGCAACUCAGACUGCUCCUCUCAGUACUACUGGCUGGACGGCAGCAGGUCUAAGUUCAGGAACUGGCACGUGGAUGAGCCGUCCUGCGGGUACGAAGUGUGUGUCGUCAUGUACCACCAGCCGUCCGCCCCGGCGGGUCAGGGGGAGCUCUACAUGUUCCAGUGGAACGACGACAACUGUGAAACCAAGAACAACUUCAUCUGUAAAUACACUGCAGAGAAACCACCGGAGCCCACCCCGCCUGCCAACUCCACUCAGACAGAUGUCGUCUUUCCAUCUGCGCUUCCGUGGGAUCCGAGGGACCAAAACCAGAACAAGGGAGCAGCUGUGAAUUUAGUUUACGUCAUCAUUCCCAGCAUCCCCCUCCUGCUCCUGCUGCUAACGGUGCUGGGAGUCUGCUGCUUCAAGCUGCCGGGCCGACGGAGGAGGAAGGAGCAGAAGUCAGAAGUGUGUCAGACAGAACCAGGCCUUCAUCCCAGUCCGUCCGCUGACGUCUACAACAUCAUCCACUCCCAGAAGGACGCCGACCUGGUCUCAGCUCGGCCUGAGACCAGAAACACCUCCUUCCUGUGCUCCUCCCCGGACACCGACACCCCGACAGGAGACUACGACAACCUGGGCGCCCGGGACACCGAGAGUGGCUUCGUGACUCUGGCGAGCACAGAGAGCGGUUACCUGAACUUUGACCUCAAUGAGCUCAGCCUCGGGCGCCGUGGCGUCCGGGAAUUCUACGAUGGCAGCUUGGGCCGCCCGGGAAAGAGGGAGGAGCUGAAUGACGGCAGCCUGGGCUGCAGCAGAAACCGAGAGUUUUACGAUCGGAGUCUGGGUCGCCGCACCACCAAGAGCGAGCUCUACAGCAGCAGCAUGCACGGAGACCACGGCCUGUAUGGCAGCGGCCUCCGGGUCGCGGCUGACCUCUCUGACCCCAACCUGAAACUUGGAGCACAAACGGGAAAAGUGGACCUCUAUCAGACGUACAGCACCAACGGUAAGCACGACACAUUUCAAACCACCCUGGGAACUUACGGCAACCGGAAAUCCUUCCACACGAACCUGGACUGCUACAGAAACGGGCUGAACCUGGAUGGACGGAGGUACUUCACCGAACAGGACUGGAUCAACAGAGAAAACUACUGA